ACUACUUUAUGUCCUAUUAGACUAAUUUUUUCGAAAAUGGCAGUAAUGCCCUUAAAAUUGUAAUUUUUUGAAAAAGAUAAAUAAUGAGUUCGACAAGCGGGAUCGAUCGAUCCAGAUUUACAAGUUACAGUGGAUCGCUCGAUCCCGAUAAUUAUUCAGAACAAAAAAAAACGCGAAAUAUAUACUGAUCGACCUGGUCCAUUUCACUCGAUCGGCGAAGGUCGAUUCCUUACAGAUCGACCGAUCCACUAAGAAUAGAUCGAUCGAUCCCGUGCCCAGGAAAGAAUCCCAAAUCGAUUUUUUUGGUUUUGUAUGAUUAUAUCCGGGUUGAUUCCCACUUGAUUUGAACCGACCAAGCAUGAUUUCAACUUUUUAAGCUCGAUUUCUCUGGGACAAAACCCUUAAUUUCCCAUUCACGAACAAAGGGAGAGAAAAUCAAAUUCUCACCCAAAGUUCAUUAACCCUAACUCACUCAAUUCUCUGAUUUGGACGAUUAUUUGGCCUAACUCAUACAAUUUCGUGAGCUUUUUACGAAUCUAUCACUCUUUAGUUCGUUCUGCAAAGGUAUGAAACUCUAUCUCCACUUCUUUUUAGAGUUUGAAAUUAGAAAGGUAAAAGGUAGAUUUUUGAGUUAGUUAAGAUAUUUAGACUUCAAUCAUGUGUUAAGGUGAUGAUUAGAGAAGAUUUUGUACACAAUCAUGGUUUAAAUCAUAUUUUCGGGAUAGAUUUAGGGAUUUUAGGUUUUUGUUAUUAAUAGAUAUAUGUUGUAUUGUUUUCAAAUUUCAGGUAUGGAGUUGGAGUUGCCUAAUCGUUUAUACGGUGAGGGAUUGGAACCUCAGGUUAAGAAGAUUAAUAACAGCUGCCGACUAAAACUUCUCGAGUUGCUAAAAGAAAAAAUGGAACCAGAAUUCGAUGAAGUUAUGAAAGAUCCCAUUUUUUCACAGAUUAUGGUUAUCCAGAAGAAUGAUCUGAAGUUUUCGGCGAGGUUGGUACACUCUUUUUUGUGUAAGGAGUUGAUGACAAGCAAGAGACAUGAGAAGUGGUUCACUUUCGCUAGGAGACCUCUGCGUUUUGGAUUGCAAGAGUAUCAUGCUGUCACUGGUCUGAAAGUGAAGCGAGAGAAUAACAGUGGGCUAGUGACAUGGAAAGACGAUAAUGGUUUUUGGAGCAAGCAGAUAAAGACAAAUGGAAAAAUAAAUUUGCAGAUCAUAAAAAAGAAGCAUUUGGAAGAGAGCAAUACCUGGACUUGGGUUGAUAGGGUGAGACUGAUAUAUCUUUGCGUUAUUAUGGGUGUGGUGAUGGGAAAGGAUGAGAAGGUGAAUAUCCCGCAUCUGUACAUGAAGUUGGCGAUGGAUUUGGAGAAGCUUCGGAAUUAUCCAUGGGGUCUGUAUUCGUUUGAUUUCCUUCUGAAGCAAAUUGAUAAAACAAGGCAUAAAUUAGAGCAGAAAGAGGGGUAUCUGAUGGAAGGAUUCUUGUUUGGUUUCCAAAUUUGGAUAAUGGAAGCUGUUCCUGCUUUAGGAGAGAUUUGUGGCACAAAAGUCAGUAAAGAUUUUACAGGUCCACUGUGUGGUAAUUGGAGAGGAUGUGCAAAAUGUUCUUAUGAAGAUAUCAUUGGCGUUGAGAACUUAUUCCCAGAAAACGGAAUUUUGCAUUCAUUCAUGGAAUCCCACAUAGAUGGAGUGGUCCUUUUGGCAACUGAUUUUGUACAGAAGGAUGAGAAGAAAGAUGAAAGAGUAGAUCGUAUUUUAGAUAUGAUCAAUAGUAAACAUGAUUGGAACAAUCAUGUUUGGGGAGUAAAAGAAGGUACGAACUCUGAAUUUGAGGAAUCUGGCGAAGAGAAAGGAGAGGAUCAAACAGCUGAUACUGAGAGAGGUGAAAAUAGUCAUGUUGCAGGGAAUGUUGAUGGCACAGCUGAUGUUUCGGGAAGAAACAAGAGAAAGCAUGCAGACCGAGGAGCAGAGUCAAGGAAAAAGAAUGUUUUGUGCCACCUAGCUGCUUCAUCAAAAGGAAAUAUUGACACAGAUAUGAAAAAUUUCUUGGAGGAUCUGGUACAAGCUUCUUUUACUGCUUUUGGGGAGAAAUUCUGUCAGCAGUUCUCGGACAGGUUGGGUAAGAUUGAGACUGAGGUUACACAACUCAGGACAGCUUCAGAGAGAACUGAGCAAUUUGAGACCGUUGUAACCGACAGAUUGGGGAAAAUUGAGGCUGAGGUUACACAGCUCAGGACAAGUUUAGUGGUGACUGAAUUGGUGGGAAAGAGUGAUCAAGCAAGCGGUCCUAGCUUGACCAAAAUCAACAGUGGUCCUAGCACCAGCAAAAAAGGAACUGCUCCAACAAAGAAAAAGGCUGUAAAAAACCAAGAGUUAAAGACUGCUGAUUCGUGUGUCAAUUUACCUCGUGCAAAAGUUACUCAAUCAUCAGCUAGUGAUCUUCGUAUGGGUACACAAGAGUUUUUGGAAAGUUGCAUGAAGAACCUUCCAUUAGACACAUUUGUGAAAGGUUUGAAUCCUUCUCAAGCUAAAGUCGAAGAUUCAUUGGAUUGGUUGGAACUUCCUAAAUCAUUGAAGAAGCCAACAGAUUCAUUGGAACUUCAAAAAUCAUUGAAGAAGCCAGCGGUCCGAUUAGAUGACCGAGAUAUAGAGCUAGACGGCGAAAAUUUCCCUGAUCGCUGCUUGGUGUUUGUGCAUCCUACAGAUUUUAAGAAGAUGCAGGACUGGCAAGAUACACGAACAGCUAUACAGAUUGGUCCUUCUAUGUUAGACGGUGAUCUAGCCGGACGUAUUAUGUCUGCCAGCAGUUGGCUUAAAAACUACGAAAUUGAUGCUAUAAUGUAUGUUUUCCGGGAAAGAACAACAUUGAAACGAUGGAACGUAGAUCGUGUUGCUUUCAUGACAUGCGUCUUCAGCGACCUCAUUGCUAAGGAUUACCAGAAUUUCUGUAAGGGAAUUAAAAAAUACACUAUGGAUCCAUUACUACUGCAAUACGGUAAAGGUGAACUGCCUUCCCAUGGAAGAACACAAAUGUUGUGGAAUGUCGAUGUGGAUCGGAUGUACGUUCCUGUCUGGGUCAAUUGCAACCAUUGGAUUGCUUUAUGCAUCAGUUUUGUGACUAGGAAUAUCCAGGUGUUUGACUGCGGGGGUAAAAAAAAAAUCAAGGAAGUGGAAGCUUUCGCGCAGCUUAUUCCUCGGAUUGUCAAGGCCGUGCAGUCAUUGACAAUACAGAAGCAUCUCCACAUCACUCCGUACAAUGUUUCCUAUGUACCUAUGAGUGGUCUUAACCGACUUCAAUGUCAUUGUGGUGUGUACACUAUAAAACACAUCGAAUGCCACGUGCUUGGGUUGGACAUAUUUAUGGUGAAUGAUGAGAACAUCUGGGGAGCUCGGAUAAAGAUUAUGUGGGAUCUAUGGGAAGCAGCUAAUGAUCUAGAACUGAUUGAGAGAAUGUCAAAGUAUGAACCUAUUAAGUGUAGUAAGCCUGCCGAGUAUGUUGAGAUUGAUGAUUUAUGAUUUAUUGUUGGUUAUGCUUUUUUAAACUUAUUUUGUAAUGAUUUUAGGAGUUUGUGUUUUAAUGGUUUUUUUCUAUAUACAGUACUUGAUCUUACAAAAUAAAAGACAACAUUAACAAUUGCGAAUCCGGUAAAUCUAAGUAUAUCGAUCGAUCUGUUCCAUUACGCUCGUUUGGCAAAGCUUGAUCAGGGUUCGGGAUCGAUCGAUCUGUCUUUCGGAUCGAUCGAUCCCGAACCCUGAGCAUUAUGCAGAACAAACACAAAACGCGCAGCAUCUUUUGAUCGACCUGUUCCAGUACGGUCGUUCGGCAAAGCUCGAUCGCUUUCAGAUCGAUCGAUCUGUCUUUCGGAUCGAUCGAUCCCGUACCCUGAGCAUUAUGCAGAACAAACAGAAAACGCGCAGCAUCUUUUGAUCGACCUGUUCCAGUACGCUCGUUCGGCAAAGCUCGAUCGCUUUCAGAUCGAUCGAUCUGUAUUUCGGAUCGAUCGAUCCCGUACCCUGAUAAGUCUAUUUUAUGGUUUUCAUCGGUUAAAUCCGGUUUAAUACCCACUUAAAUUGAACCGGAAUAACACGAUUUUACUCAUAAAAUCGUGAUUGUGAGAUCAAAACCUCACUUUUAUCUUCUUCCCCAAUUUUUCUUGAGAGAAUGGAAUCAAAACCCCCUUCACAAAUCCUAUCUCUCUCGAUUUAACUCCGAUUUGGACGAUUCUUGAGCCUAACCCACACGAUUUCGUGAGAUAAUUCCGAAUCUACCACUCUUUCGGUCGAUCUGUGAAGGUAUGAAACUCUAUCUCUACUUUUAUAGUUCGAAAUUUAAAUAGCAAAAAGUGAAAUUUUAGUGUUUUUAAGUCGUUUUGGCUUAAAUCGUGUGUUAGGGUGAUGAUUAGUGACGAUUUUCCAUAUAGCUCUUGCCUUAAUUCGUAGUUUUAAGUUUGAUUUAAAAAUUUAGGGUUACUUAUUUUAUAAAAAAAUUCCGAAAAUUGGGAAUUAAUAGAGUGAGAUUACUGAUGCUGUAAUGUUAGUUGUUGAGUUGCAUAGGUGUUGAAUCAUUGUCCAUGUCAAUUUACUCAGUUUUACAUUUGAGAACUCAUUUGUAAAGGUUUGUGUGCAGAAAAUGGUAAAAAAAGGACUACCGAAAAAGACCAAGGAAACAGCUGCUUCGACCUCGGCGCAGCCCGAAAGUGAUGAGCCUCGGGAAGCAGCCCCUUGGCCUCGUGACCCAUUGACUCCAUUCUCUAAACUCCCUACAAUUCAUAACCGACAAAUCUCAAGUAAGAAGGAGUUGAGAGAACUUGCAUCCUACGCACACCGCGAUUACUAUGCU